AUGGGCAUAGAAAUCGUUGGUUUGGCAACAAUCAGUGUGGCUUUGGAUGCGGAGCUAUAUAUCGAUGACAGCGGUGAAAAAGUGGGAACAAUGGUGAUGAACGGUGUUCUGGAAACAAGCAUUUAUACGUCCAAUAAUCGAAUUGUUGGUGUUGCUGAUAUACGAUCUCUGAAAUUAACCGAUAAGCAGCAAACGCUCGGACUACCUCAGGAUGCGCUCAACAAUCUGGCUAACUUGGCUAAGGAGCUCCUUUCAAAGACGGCAAACGAUGCGUUGAUAAAAGGAUUCGUCGUCCAGCUACCAACCGCAAAAUUACCGUUCUCAUUUGUGCAACCGAAAUUUGACAUCGUUGAUCACGCCAUUCAUCUGGCAUCCGAUAUCCGGAUCUCACCAGCUACUCUUGGAAUUACCUCAUCAAGCAUUUGUCGGCGAUUUUAG